CCCCGGGGCUCGUCGGCCCCGUGCGUGCGCACGCGCGCUGUCCCCCGGAGGCGUCGGGGUGUGCGGAGCGCGCGCGCGCGGCUCGGAGGCGCACCUGUGAGGUGUCCCUUGAGGAGAGGGAGGGUGGGUGCGCGGAGCCCGCGGCCUGGGGCGCUUCAACCCCUCACUUGGAAGCGCCCUGCGUCCCAGCAGAGCCCGCCGAGCAUCCUACUCAGGUGAUGAGGAACCCUUCGCGCACCCAGCGCAGAACGCCGCUGCCGCUGGACGCCUCCAUUGUUUGACCACAACAAGGGCCGGAUUCUCACCCAGACCUGCAAAUCCAAGAGAUACAUCUCUCUGGAAGAUAAGAGAGCUUCUUCCCCAAGAUCAAAAAAGGAGACUGGAGUGAGACUCAUGUAGGGAAUCCCCAGAAGGAUUGGCACACCUGGAACCCAAGGAGCUUGCUUCCUGGAAAGGCUCCUGUCUGAUGUGUAGGAGGCAGAAUGUCCUACUGACUCUUCAAGGGGAGGCUACACGGGAUCGAGACCCUCCACCACAGGGGACACUGUGCGUUCCUUUUUCUAGAAGUGGGAAGUACGAGAUUAUUCUACAAGAGGAAGAUUCCAGGGGCUUAAAAACACAGAGGUUUGCACCUUGGGAGCCCCUUGGAAUGUUGACAACUCAGGAUCUAAAGGAAAAUUCUGUGUUAAUGAGUUACAGAAUUCAUGUGGAAGUAAAUGUCACUUUAUGAUCAAUAAUAAUACUGAGUGAGGAGCACUAUGCAGGAAGAAAUCUUCCAUAGAAAGACAGGCAGGGAGAAGCUUAGGCCAACCUUAGACCUACCUAAUAGAGCAAGCCUGAGAUAAACUGCCAGAAUGGCCAAAUAAGAGACUCUAUGAGAUAGCAAUCCUGUAACUAUAGUAGUCGUACAGAAAUUUUUUCCUCUAAAUCACGAUACCAAAUAGGAAAAAUGAUCUACAAGUGCCCCAUGUGUAGGGAAUUUUUCUCUGAGAGAGCAGAUCUUUUUAUGCAUCAAAAAAUUCACACUGCUGAGAAGCCCCAUAAAUGUGACAAGUGUGACAAGGGUUUCUUUCAUAUAUCAGAACUGCAUAUUCAUUGGAGAGACCACACAGGAGAGAAGGUUUAUAAAUGUGAUGAUUGUGGUAAGGAUUUUAGUACUACAACAAAACUUAACAGACAUAAGAAAAUCCACACAGUGGAGAAGCCCUAUAAGUGCUACGAGUGUGGAAAAGCCUUCAAUUGGAGUUCACAUCUUCAAAUUCACAUGAGAGUUCAUACAGGUGAGAAACCCUAUGUCUGUAGUGAGUGUGGAAGGGGCUUUAGUAAUAGUUCAAACCUCUGCAUGCAUCAGAGAGUCCACACCGGAGAGAAACCCUUUAAAUGUGAAGAGUGUGGGAAGGCCUUCAGGCACACUUCUAGCCUCUGCAUGCAUCAGAGAGUUCACACAGGAGAGAAACCCUAUAAAUGUUAUGAGUGUGGGAAGGCCUUCAGCCAGAGCUCGAGCCUCUGCAUCCAUCAGAGAGUGCACACUGGGGAGAAACCCUAUAGAUGUUGUGGGUGUGGGAAGGCCUUCAGCCAGAGCUCCAGCCUCUGCAUCCACCAGAGAGUGCACACUGGGGAGAAACCUUUUAAAUGUGAUGAGUGUGGGAAGGCCUUCAGUCAGAGCACCAGCCUCUGCAUCCACCAGAGAGUGCACACAAAGGAGAGAAACCAUCUCAAAAUAUCAGUUAUAUAGAGCAUUUUGAUAAGAGUUAAAAAUCUUAAAACCCAUAAGUGCCACUAGGAAGGAAACCCUGUAAAUACCUACAUUGAUCCAAGAAAUUUUUACAGCAAGCCCCGGCAGGACAUUCUUUUUGAAGAGGCAUAUGUGAGAUUUGCUUUGUUUUGUUUUGUUUUUUUUUGGGUUUUUUUGUUUUUGUUUGUGUUUUUUUGAUUCAUGCCAAGUGUGUUCCACAACUUGACUUUGAAUCUGGAAUCCCUCUGAGUGUCUGCCCAAGAUGGGCCAUGAGGUCCCAGUCAUGGGUGUGUGUUUCCUGGGAUUUGGGCUUGAUGCCUCAGUAGUGGGAAAUAUGACACAGGAAACCAUGAUCAUUGCCUAGCCUCCUGAGUCACCUUCUGUCUACACUUUACCUAACAGUUACCCCAGACAUCCCCCUUUCAGAAGCUCAUGCCCUUCCUUCCCUCGAUUCAGGCAUUCUGGUUAAUGCAUUUGAAAACACCUCUCACAAAGACAGUGUUCUGGUAUUUCUGAGGUUAUCCUUCAGUUCAGCCCCUACAUAUCGUUCCAUAGAUCCCAUUACUUCUUAGCCAGCUUUACCUGUAUGUCUUUGCAGUACCCAUAAAUAUCCAUCCCUUCCUAGAUGGCAUUAAAUUUCACUUUAGAUUUUAGGUGACUCAUAAUUUCCAUUCACUUGGCGCAUCAGAGAAAUCACUGGCAGACAUACAUGCCCUUGAACUUUUCAUGAACUUUUUAAAAAACAUGUCGUGGUUUCUGCUAAUCACUGUGUCUCUAUGUUAGACUUAAUUUUCUAGUGGCUACAUCACAUAUUUUUAACUUGAAUUUUUUGGAAAUAGCUGAAUGUAAAUAGGGAGGAAGAAGCAAGCAAGCAAAGUUGGAACUUUCUCCAUCCAGAAUUGCCCUCUUGGGCUCCUUUUGUAGCAUGUGGAGCUCCUUACUAACUAGGGGAGACCAUAGGAGAAGUGGCUGUUGGGAGGAGUCACUAAUAAUAUUUAGUCUCUGUUUCUGUAAUUUUGCGCAAUAAUGUGUAGGAGUCCUCAAUACCUUCAUUGAGGAUCAUAUUCCUUCGUUUUUAGGCAUGAAUGUCUAUGUCACUCUCUCCUUUCCUUUCUUCAUUCAUUCAGCAAGUAUUUAUUGAACACCUCCUAUGUGCCAGGCACUGUGCUAGGUGCUGGGAAUACCACUGAGUAAGACAGACAAGGGCCCUACUCUCAUGGAGUUUACUUCUGGGGGAGGAGACAGAUGAUACGCAAGUAAGAAAAUACAUAAUGUAGUUUGAGAUAGUGAUUAAGUGCUAUGAAGAAAAUAAAUUAGGGUGAUGAUUUAGAAUGGGGGUGGGGUGGGGGUGGGGCAUCAUUAGCGGUCAGGGAAGGCCUUUCUGAGGGGGGCACUGGAGUGGAGCGCGCAAGGCUGGGAGCACCAGCUGGCUGGCCCCGCUGCCACAUUUGCGGAGCGGAAGGUGGCCAGGCACUGGGGCGGAGUGAGCAGCGGGGAGGGGAGAGAUACUGAGUUGCUCAGUAUCCCAACUUUUAUAGGCCCUUUUUUCUUGUCUUCUUUUCUUUCUUUUGUUCUUUUUUUUUUUUCCCCCUUUCUUUUUGUGGCUAGAUUGAUAUUAAAAACUUAUGUGGAAGAACUCAAGGAAUGUUUAGAAGACCAAAAGUCCCCAAUAACGAGAACAAAAAGCAACUAAUUUUUAACUCUCUCUUCUCAUUCCUGUUUCCAUUGAUUCCCACAUGUAAUCCUUAUGCUCAGGAAGUCUUGGGAGAAGUUAAGCAUCUUUGAAGCUCUGAAAUGGGUGAAUAGGUUCGUGGUGUCUGUCAACUGUCUUAAGAGGUUGGAAUGAAUUACCCGAAAUAGUCAUCGAAAUACUGAAACAAAGCUUGAUUUUCUCUUCAUAUUUGAGUUAAUUUCUUCUGUUUGACUGGAAGGGGUUUUUGUGUAACUAAAACCUUAAGGCAUAAAGGAGAUUUGAAAGGAGCACAUAAUUUAGUGGGUGGGCCAUGAAACUAGAGAUGGGGUUUGGGGAUCAUUGCGUCCCUCUCUGGGUUUUCAUCGAGACAGCUCUGUUCACAGCCUUUGGGAAGUCCCUUCUCCUGCGUGUCCUCCUUGCCCAGGAGAGGGCCAGCCUAGUUCCUGGGUAAAGCCCCUUCCAGGCCUGACGCCCUCGAUGACGAUUUACUGUAGUGUCUUACCCUCGUCCAUGUCACGGUAGCCUGCGGCGUUAGAGAGCCGCCUAGACUUUUAGUUGGUAGGGAGAUGGCUGAAAUAUCAUCGGUAGGAUUUUAGUUUUAGGAAAAAUCGGUUUGAUUUCUAGCUUUAUUACUAUUAGGUGUGUGAGCUUGGGCAGAUCGCCUAAUCGUUGAGUCUAGUUUUCUCACAAAAUGAGGAUAUUAGGCUAAAUGAUUUCCGAGUUUCCAGCUAGUCCUAGAGUUCUAUAUUUCUACAUAGUUGAAUUAUUUUAUCAUGCUGUUGCUGGGGAAUAUGACUAACACUUUUGAAGCUACUAAUUUUAUGUCGAGCUUUAAGGUCCAUAAUUGUUAUCUUUGGAAAAUAUUAUUUGACCUACAGUAUGUCCAAAUCAAUUUAAUAAAAUCACUUUAUAACAGGGUUCUGCGCUUGACUGUAGUUGUGUGAAUUCAGGGGUCAUUGUGUAUGGGGGGGGUGACUUGUGUAUUAUGCCUAUGUGGGUGACCAUAUAAUUUACUUUUCAAACCGGGUACUUGAGUAAAGGGGUGCUGUUAAUGAGGCCCACAGGCCUAAGCCGGGACUGUCCCAGCAAACCGAGUUGUGAGGACACAACCCAAGCAAGUAAGAAAUGACUACGUUGCAUCAGGAAUAACUCAAAGAGGAGUUGCAAGGUCUGUGGCAAACUUGAGGUGUGAGUUACUGAGGGGAUGGCCCCUACUUGGCUGUAGCUGUUUAUUUCUGUGCUAGAAUAUAGGCCAAAAGCUCCCACAUACUCUGCUCUUUUAAGAGAAAACCAGCAAGCUGGAUUUGUAUAUAAAAUUCAGUGAUUUUGGAAUGUUGAUAACAAAUUCACGUUCCCUGUGUGACCCAUCUUGGUCAUUGCUAUCACCUGCCUCGUGCCCACAAGCUUUCAUUUCAUUUUGCAGAGUCCUGCUGUAGCCCCUGAUGACUGGCCCGCUCCUGGUCAGGUGUAACCUACCCCUCGGGGAAGCUGCGGUGGCCCCUGUUCCAUGCCACAGGCUUUGACACUGGUUCUGGCAUCUCCUGGCUUUGAGGGGCAAGUCUACAUCCCACUCCCACCACGAAGGUGGCAGCAGUUCGAACUGGCCUUUUUGACACGAGAGGGCUUGGGAAGAGC